AUGAUUGGUGCGUUGGCCGUGUUUUUGGUCAAUAAAAAGUCUGUAACAUUGGCUGGCAGUGCGACUGGGACCGUGAUGACGUGCACUGCCAUAGAGAGUAUCCAAAAUGCCAAUAGAAAUUUUCAGUAUAUCUAUCUAUCUAUCUAUCUAUCUCAGUCUGUUCACAUCUAUCUAUCUAUCUAUCUAGUAGACUGUUCAUAUCUAUCUACAAAACACGCUGCCAAUAUCUAUCUCCGUCUGUUCACAUCUAUCUAUCUAUCUAUCUAUCUAUCUAUCUAUCUAUCUAUCUAUCUAUCUAUCUAUCUCAGUCUUUUCACAUCUUUCUAUCUAUCUAGCUAUUUAGCUCACUCUAUCUAUCUAUCUAUCUAUCUAUCUAUCUAUCUAUCUAUCUAUCUAUCCCAGUCUGUUCAUAUCUAUCUAUCUAUCUAUCUAUCUAUCUAUCUAUCUAUGGCAUAA